AUGCCAUGGGUGGCAAUCAUCAUCCCAUUCACAAAUCGACAUGAGCACCUCAAACACUGGCUGUAUUUUCUCCAUCCUAUGUUGAUGCGGCAGCAGCUGGACUAUGGUGUGUAUGUCAUCAACCAGGAUGGAGAAGGAGUGUUCAACCGGGCUAAACUGAUGAAUGCAGGAUAUGUUGAAGCCCUGAAGCAAAAUGAUUAUGACUGCUUUGUCUUCUCUGAUGUAGACCUGGUUCCCCUAGAUGACCGCAACAUCUACAAAUGUUUUGACAACCCCAGACACUUGUCUGUGGCUAUGGACAAAUUUAACUUCCGAAUCGUCUUCCGUGGGAUGUCCAUUUCUCGGCCUGACUCUGAAACUGGAAGGUACAAGAUGAUCAAACAUCACAGAGACUUGCACAGUGAGGCCAAUCCAAAGAAUCCUGACAAACUGAGACACACCCAGAGGAGCAUGGAUAAAGAUGGGAUUAAUUCCCUGAAAUACACAGUCAAGGAGAUUGUGAAGGAUGCACUGUACACUUUUAUCACUGUGGAUAUUCAGGCUCCAGCAAACUAUAAAAACAUUUAA